AUGGUCAUCGACUCUGGAAGGGAGCCGGUUGGGUACUCUGCCCCUAUGCCCUCUGAAGAGAAGCCCAAGACAAAACAAAUGCCCGUGACUUUAUUAUCAGGUUUCUUGGGAAGUGGCAAGACGACACUUCUCAAGCACAUUCUCAAGUCCCCAGACCAUGGACUGCGGAUUGCUGUCAUCGUCAAUGACAUGAGCCAGUUGAACAUCGACGCCGCCCUUAUCCAAAACCACAAGGUUUCCCAAACCACCGAAAAACUCAUUCAACUCCAGAACGGAUGCAUCUGCUGUACCUUGCGAGGCGACCUGUUAGCAGAGCUAGCCACAUUGACCAAACAAAAUGAAGUGGACUAUGUUGUCAUUGAGUCAACAGGCAUUUCGGAACCCAUGCAGGUGGCCGAAACCUUCACGGCCGAAUUCAGCACUGCCAUGCUGGAGGCUGAGGAUCAAAUUGCGAACGAAGACGCCGACGCAAAGAAGAUCCUGAAUGAGAUUGUGGAUCUGGGUGGCUUGCACACAAUGGCUAGACUGGACACCACAGUGACUGUUAUCGAUGCUUUCAACCUGCUUUCCAGCUUUGACACAGCUGAAUUCCUCUCUGAUCGCUAUGGCAGAGAGGAAAUUGUUCCGGAAGAUGAACGCACAAUCUCCGAUCUCAUGGUGGAUCAAAUUGAGUUUGCCGAUGUAUUGAUUGUCAAUAAGAUCGAGACAGUGGACGAAGCAACACGGACCAAGAUCUUGCAGCUUCUGAAGUUGUUGAAUCCCGGUGCGAAGGUUCUCGAGUCAAAUUACUCGCAGGUCGAUGUCCGAGAAAUCGUCAAUACCAAUAGUUUCGAUUUCAUUCGGGCUGCUUCUGGUCCUGGGUGGUUACAGAGUCUGCACGAAAUGACAGUUCAGACAACAGGAAAUGGGGAGCGGAUGGCACCGAAGCCAGAGACAUUAGAAUAUGGCAUCAACAACUUCGUAUACACCGCACGUCGACCCUUCCACCCUCGUCGCAUAUUCGCCCUUCUUCAUGACAAGUUCAUUAUUCUGCAGAACAAUGAGCUUGAGGAAGAAGAAGGAGACGAAGAGGACGAAGAGGAAGAUGCGAUGGACACAGAAUCAGACUCAGAGUCGGUAGAGGACUUUGACCAGCCCGACCCAGAAGACAUCUUGAAAAACAAGCGCACACACCCGGCCUUUGGGCCGGUUCUCCGUUCGAAGGGUUUCUUCUGGCUCACCACCCGACCCUGGCAAUUUGGUGAAUGGAGCCAAGCAGGCGGUAUGAUGACCGUUGGCUGUGGUGGCCCCUGGUUUGCCGAAGUCCCCGACGAUGCUUGGCCCGAGGACAAGGAUGUACAGGAGUCCAUCCAAAAUGACUUCCAGGGGCCCUGGGGCGAUCGGCGCCAGGAGCUUGUGUUUAUCGGAGAAGGCGUUGACAAAGAGAAGAUCAGUGCUCUGCUUGAUGAGUGCCUUUUGGACGACAAGGAUAUGAAGAAAUGGGAAAAGGUGAUGAAGAACAAGAAAUUGAGCAGAGAAGAAAAGACAGACAAGUUAGCCAAGAUGUGGGAAGAUGGCUGGGAGGAAUGGCCUGCUUUUGAGGUCGAUGAAGAGGACGAAGAAGAGGAAGAAGAAGCUGCUCCUCAGCAGGGGAAGCACCGGAUCAGUGAAUACCUGCACAAGGAUGGUAAACAUGCCCAUGGACACAGCCACGGGCAACGAAGAAUGAUUGCUGCAUGA